GUGCGUGCGUGCGUGCGCGCCGCGGGCAGGCCAGUGAAACCGGCGGCCUUGGCACGUGACCUAGGACCGGCUCGCCGGGUCGCUUGGUGGCUCCGUCGGUCUGUCCGUCCGCCUGCGGGUGCCAUCAUGGCGGACGCGGCCAGUCAGGUGCUCCUGGGCUCCGGUCUCACCAUCCUGUCCCAGCCGCUCAUGUACGUGAAAGUGCUCAUCCAGGUGGGAUAUGAGCCUCUUCCUCCAACAAUAGGACGAAAUAUUUUUGGGCGGCAAGUGUGUCAGCUUCCUGGUCUCUUUAGUUAUGCUCAGCACAUUGCCAGUAUCGAUGGGAGGCGUGGGUUGUUCACAGGCUUAACUCCAAGACUGUGUUCGGGAGUCCUUGGAACUGUGGUCCAUGGUAAAGUUUUACAGCAUUACCAGGAGAGUGACAAGAGUGAGGAGUUAGGACCUGGAAAUGUACAGAAAGAAGUCUCAUCUUCCUUUGACCACGUUAUCAAGGAGACAACUCGAGAGAUGAUCGCUCGUUCUGCUGCUACCCUCAUCACACAUCCCUUCCAUGUGAUCACUCUGAGAUCUAUGGUACAGUUCAUUGGCAGAGAAUCCAAGUACUGUGGACUUUGCGAUUCCAUAAUAACCAUCUAUCGGGAAGAGGGCAUUCUGGGAUUUUUCGCGGGUCUUGUUCCUCGCCUUCUAGGUGACAUCCUUUCUUUGUGGCUGUGUAACUCACUGGCCUACCUCGUCAAUACCUAUGCACUGGACAGUGGGGUUUCUACCAUGAAUGAAAUGAAGAGUUAUUCUCAAGCUGUCACAGGAUUUUUUGCGAGUAUGUUGACCUACCCCUUUGUGCUUGUCUCCAAUCUUAUGGCUGUCAACAACUGUGGUCUUGCUGGUGGAUGCCCUCCUUUCUCCCCAAUAUAUACGUCUUGGAUAGAUUGUUGGUGCAUGCUACAAAAAGAGGAAAAGCACUUCCAGACUGGGAAGAGUUCAGCAAAACACGGGUUAGAGGACAUUAAACCCCAAAUAGAAGAAAAGAUAAGAGAAAACCUAACCACCUAGCCAUUCAAAAUGAGCUGCAAAUCCCAAGGUGAUGACAGAUCUUUGCAGACAAGAUCCAGGGACCUUUGCCAAUGUGGCUAUGAAGGCUGCGGCAAAAAGGACAGGGGCCACAGUCCUGGACAGCUGCAAAUAUCCUGACAAAAAGGAAGAAAAGGGAGAUCCUGGGCACAUUUGAGGUGAAUUCCCUCAAAAUCUAUUCUAGAAUAUAACAUUAAACCAUGGAUUUGAGAACACCUAGAAAAAUAAGUGGUAUCUUCACAAAGAACAAGAUAUGGUGAAAAUGAUAAAAAUAUCAACAAUAAUUUGUUACUUAUUUACUCAGAGGCCACUAGGAAAAUUCCUUGGGCCAUACAUACUGUUCCUUGUUUCCAGUUAGACACUGAUUGUCUCACGAUUGAAGAGACUAGUAGAAAAACAUCGAUCUCAGAGACUGCCCAGUCAGGUGGAUUCAUGUAACCACUGUGCUCCUUCAUCCCAGUUGGUUAUCCGAUUGCUGCAGAGCUUGCUGAGGAGGUAUCUCUAGUUCUGUGCUCCUAGACCCUGGUCAGCCUAGUAGUGGUCAGUGCCCACCACACUCGCCAAAUUUGCAGAAGGCACCACUGUUGGGAUGAAAAGCUAAUAUUUCAAAGUCAAGAUUCUAAAAUAACUUGAAACAGUGGGCUGAAACCAGCAGGAUGAAAUUUAAAAGAGUAAGUGGAGAGACCUGCAUUUAGAUUAAAAAAAAAAAAAAAUCAGCCACAUAAGCAUAGGAUAUAGGAAGUUUGGUUCGCCAGAGGUGCCUGAGAAAGAGGCUGAGGGCUUGCAGCUGAUCUCAGGUUGAAUGGAAACCGGUAGGAAUGGAGCAGCUGCUUAAAAAGAUAGUGGCUCUCCCCACCUCUUGUUAUUUUAGGCACAAAGGGGUGAAACAGUGAAAAAUAUGGGAGACAUAUUAACAGCAACUGCUGUUAAUGGUUUCUAAUAGAUCCCCUCAGAGGUAUUCAUUCCAAGCACACAUAAGCAAAUGCGUGCUUUUUAUUUUUUCGCAUAAAUGGUGGUAUAUUGUGCACCUUGUUUUUUAUUUCACUUAACUAACAGCAUUUCUUAGUGAUUAUUUCAUCAGUACACAAAAUGAUUCCUCAUUCUUUUGUAGGGAUGCAUCGUAUUCUACUUUAUAUAUGUAUCAUAAUUUAUUGGUCCUUUUGCUGGACAUGUAAUUUCCAGUAUUUUGCUAUUACAAACAAUGCUGCAAUAAAUAACACGUCACAAUUGGCCGGGCGUGGUGGCUCACGCUUGUAAUCCCAGCACUUUGGGAGGCCGAGGCGGGCGGAUCACGAGGUCAGGAGAUCGAGACCACGGUGAAACCCCGUCUCUACUAAAAAUAGAAAAAAUUAGCCGGGCGUGGUGGCGGGCGCCUGUAGUCCCAGCUACUCGGAGAGGCUGAGGCAGGAGAAUGGCGUGAACCCAAGAGG